CUGCCACCACCUGCCACCGAUCUUGAGAGCGCGAAGGCGUGCAUGAGCAACGAGAGAGAGAGCGACGAGGAGGAAGGGGGAGGCGAUCCAUCGAUCGGUCGGUCGAUCGAUGGAGACGGGGCUGAAUGCUGCUCCCGAGCGCGAUCCUGACCGUGUUCCAGUUCAUGCAGUGCUGCCUGAUGCCGGCCGACGAUAGCUCGUACCCGGUCUCGCCCAUCGCGUACUCGAGGCUGCACACGCCGCAGGGCGGCGCGGCCGGCGCCGGGAGCAUGCAGCAGCAGGAUCUGGAGCUGCGCAACUGCGUCACCCUCCGCCCCUGUCCGUUAUUUGCAGUUGACUGCGAUGCCGGCCCCACCACGGACCAUGAACAUCCCGAAGCCGCAUGACCACGACCACUACGACCGUGACCGCGACCACGACCACGACGCCAUCCCGAGACCGCGGGCGCCGACCCUGCUUUGGCCCUGGCUCCUGCUCGUGCUCCUGCUGCUGCUCGUCAUCCCUCUGGAGUUCCGCGAUCGUACGGAGCGCAAUGUCACGUGGAGGAAGAAUUGGACCUUGUAGAGUGCGAGGGAUUCGGGUCUCGGGAUCAUCGUGGUGAUUGAAUUGGGCCCCCGAUUUGUAAGCGGCUGCUGACAAUCCAGAAUUGUGCGCGACUUGAUAACGAGCGCGAAUUUGAGCAUGAGACUCUAUGGGCAGCGGCUCUGCUCUCUGUCUGUCGGUCGGCAAAUUUCACGGACUCUCCUGUCAGUGCGAUGACGAUCGGUGUCGUGGUGAGGCGGCUCCGAAUGGCGCCGGCACCCACUGCCCUAAACGUGAUCUCCAACAUGUUCCUACCCACGGAUUCAGAACGAUGCACGCACGACGAUUGCUGCGAGUCGAGCGACUGGGUGUUCAGACAGAUGGAUGAUAAAAUCUCCGGAGUCUCCAUACUGAGAAUCAAACAUAUUGUCAACGGAGGCAGAUUCUGAGCCAUCGAUUUCUCGGGAUUCUCUUGAGUCUGAGCAGAAAAGUCCAGUGUCAGGCAGAUGAAAUCUGCUCAUAUCAACGCCCGACUGCGAAUUCUGGCUGCAAGUUGCACGCCACGGAAACUCUGAGGUCUACGAAAGUGCAUUUGAAGAGCAACUGGGCGUCAGGAAGUCAUCAAAAAUUAAGAUUCUGCCUGCCAGAGUUCGCAGGUGACUGGAAGGGUUUUCCCCCUCGAUUAUGGGAUCCAGACGCUUUUUGGACUGCGAACGAAGUGUUAACUUUUCAGAUCUAGUUCAUUAACGAAGUCUCUCAGUCGCUUCGUAAGAGAUUCCAACAUUCGCGUCGCUGUAAAGGCCACUUCCAUUCACCGCUGACAUGGUUGCACCGGAUAGGAAUGUAUGUAUGCAUACGCAAUGGAAAGGAAAGAUAGACGUGCAGUAAUGAGAGGCUUCAUUGGCUUUUCAGUCACUGGUGUGGAGCCCAGUACGGAGGCCCACUGGGCUCCAUUCUCGUUUCUAUAAACUCUUAUUUGUGGAAUGUUGUGAAAUGAAGUUGUGAAAACUCUCGUG